AUGAUGUACAACGCUGAACAUUCAAUCUCGUCAGGAUUUCUUACUGCUUCAGAGUGCUGUUCAACGAUUAUUUCCAUGAGAUUUCCUCAGAAACUGUGGAAAAUAGUUAACGAAUGUAACAAUGGAGCAAUUCAGUGGAACUGCGACGGUACAACAAUUGUAAUAGACUACAGAAAGUUUCAAAGAGAAUAUUUGGACAGUCGUAUCGAUAUAUUCAAGACUAAUAAUAUUACGAGUUUUAUUCGUCAACUUAACCUUUAUGGAUUUAAGAAAGUUAGCAAUAAUUAUCGUGAUACUUUCAACCAUAUGAAAAACGCAGACAUGCACGAAUUUCGCAAUGAAUUUUUUGUUAAAGGACGUUAUGAUCUUUUAACAAGAGUUUCUCGGAAAACUACAAAUAGCAAUAAUCUGGAGCCAAGAGUGGGCCUAACGUUAGGGCUAGAGUUAACAAGUUUUCGCUUAGUUUUGCAAAAUCAAAAGCAGGAUACGGGCCUAAUUCCCGUAUCAGAAACACCUUCAAGAAUAACGAAAUCUCAGUUUAUACCAUGGAAUGGUGCUAUUCCGUGGAAUGGUUUCCAAGAAGUUGCUGAAAACACUAUUUCAUCUAGAAAUCAGAAUUUUGAUAUGAAUCCAAAAGAAUGGCUUGAAACACAUUCUAAAAUAAAUCCUGAAAACAAUAUUUACAAAAAAGUAAAUUACGGAGCUUCGGAUGUUUUGUUAUCACAAUCUGCUGUUGAGAUAUCAACAUUGUCAGGGAAUUCAUGCGAAAAUCCAAACAUUGAAUCAACCUCUGUUCUUGAUCUCAUAUAUUCACCUCACUACAGUCAGAUGGAAUGUACUUCAACCCUUGAAGAAGCAUUAACCUUAGACACAGUUUUUAGUCAUAUUGAGAAAGAACUUAGUGACAACAUGUAUGAAUCAUGUGAUUUACUGUCAAGUAGCAGUAGCGUCGGAUUGGAAAACUUUACACAGAACCAAGAAAUGGAAACAAAACAAUUAAUGGAAAGUCCAUCUGUACUAACAGAGAAACAUAAUUUCAAUGUUGAGAAAGAAAAAGGUCAGCGUCAAAAGGAAAAUGUGAAAAACAGUUAUAACUGUGUUACUUUACUAGAAAAUGAAGAAACCGUUUUGGGUAAACAGAUAAAGUAUGCUGCAGUGACUGUGCACCAGAGUUUAGGAUCUUCACAGUGGAAGAGGGUCGUAGAAGUGCCAUGA